AUGUUUCUGUCGCACCCGCACCUCGUGCAUCUGCAUGGCUACUGUACGAAGGGCGAUGAAGCUCUGCUCGUGUAUGACUUCAUGCCGGGGGGCAGCUUGGAUGAAGCACUAGAGGACAGGGGCAGCUUGGACAGUGGGUGGGGUGCUGGGGCAGUAGAGUGGGGUGCUACGGGUGGUGCAAAGGAAGAGCUCUUCUUCAGCUGGAGCAUGCGGCUCAAGGUGGCGGUGCAGGUGGCAGAGGCGCUCGCAUACAUGCACGGACGUAACUUUAUCCACGGCAAUUUGAAAGCCGCCAGCGUGCUGCUGUCGCCUGUGAGUGCAUGUAAGGGCGUGGGAGAGAGGGGCGGUAACAGGGCGGAUCGCAGAGGUAGCAAGCCGACAGCGCUGCUCUUGCCUGAGUACGAUACCAAGCUGGCAGGUUUUGGGAAGAUGCGAGUGGGGCCGGAGACUGAGCAGCUGCCUAUGGAAUUAACUCGCAUCUUGGGCAUUUGGGACGACGUCGACCUUGUUAUCGACGUGCACGCAGGUGUGUGCCUGCUUAUCAACCUGCUUAUCAACGUGCACGCAGGUGUGUGCCUGCUUAUCAACCUUCUUAUUAACGUGCACGCAGGUGUGUGCCUGCUUAUCAACCUGCUUAUUAACGUACACGCAGAGCUGGUAACCGGGAGGAGAGUGGUGGACGAGGGAGAAAAAAUGGUCAUCGAGUGCAGAAGACGCCUCUCCGACCUCACACGUAAAGCCGCGGAAUACAUCGAUCCGCAUCUUGGUAACCAGUACCCGGAGCGGGGCGCCCGAGGCUUGGCGACUCUGGCUCGGCACUGCGUGGCGGACGAUCGGAGGACCCGGCCUGGGAUUGGGACUGUACUGGAGAAACUGAAGCUGUUGGUGAGGGCGUGUGAGAGUGAUGAGGCAGAAGCAUCAGCUGAAACUGCAGCAUUGGAGAGGGGGGGGGUUAGGGUCAGUAGAAAGGGGCGGUAUGGAGAUGCGGCAGCUAAAGCUGCAGCAUUGGAGGCAGGGGAAUCAGGGUCAGAAGGGGGGCAUACGGAGGUGACUGGAGGUGAAGAGGGGCCUUUGGUGGCUGUGGCACCAGUGGUGGUUGUUGCUUGA